AUGCCAAUGAUGCAGAUUAAGCUAGACUCAGCUCCUGUAUUACCGGACACUACGGAUGUCCACAGAGCUCAGUCUAGCCCUGCCGAGAGUGACAGCAGGGACCUGAAGGUGUAUGAAUGCUUUGAUAGGAUCCGGGCACUGCGAUCAGCAACCGGCACCAGAGUGGGUGCAGUGUCCGCAGCUGCCACCUUUGGGCAAGGCUGUGUUGCCCAGCAUCAUACCCACUCUGCUAUUGGUAGCUUUCCUGUGCCGGAUCAGCGUUUUGAUUCCAUCCACAUUGAUCUCGUUGGUCCUCUUCCUUCAUGCAACGGAAAUCGUUAUCUCUUGACGUGCAUUGAUCGAUUCGCCCGAUGGCCUGAGGCUUUUCCAAUCUCUGAUGCCACUGCAUCCACUGUUGCGUAUGCCUUAGUGUCUGGCUGGAUUGCCUGGUUUGGUGUACCCUCUUCUCUCGUCACAGAUCGUGGUGCUGAAUUUGAGUCAGCCCUCUGGAACAGUUUGAUGAAGCUACUGCUGGAAGCGUUACCGCUUAUUCUGCUCAGCAUCCGGACAUCGACCAAGGCUGAUAGCAACUGUUCACCAUCCAAACUGGUUUACGGUACAACGCUGCGCCUUCCUGGUGAAUUCUUCACGUCUAGUUCCUUGACACCUGCCAGCGACCGCGGUGAUUACGCAUCUCGUCUGUCUACCUUCCUGCGGCAGAUCUGUCCUCUUCCUGUCCGUACUAGCAUGAAUCCUGUCUAUCUGCCCUGCGAUUUGGACACAGCCGUUAAAGUGUGUUUGCGCCGUGACGCAGUUCGGCUACCACUCCAACGGCCGGAUGAUGGUCUUUUCCCCGUGGUCAAGCGCAGUCCCAAGUACUUCACUCUGCGUAUCAAUGGUAAGGACCAGCCCGUCUCUGUUAAUCGUGUUAAGCCUGCUCAUUUUCUUGAUUGA